CAAAAUUACAAACCCUACACGCUCCUCUCUCUCCCCCCUGUCUCUCUCUAGAUCCAGCAGCUCUGCCUCGGACGGUGGCGCGUGAGGCUUUUUAACAGCGCGUGAAGGCUUUAAAGGCGCGUGAUUGUGCGGAUUCCGCUGACUCAUUUCCUUUACGACCGGCAUUGGGAAUUUCAUGCCGGAGGUUAGCAGGAGUCUCACCAGACGACCGUGAUUUUGCGCGUCCAUGGCGUCCGCCGUCUUAGCCAACCGUAACGAACCGAACUGGCCGCAGCACAGAGGCGGUGGAGCAGGAUUCAUGGGAAAAGUACCUUACCCUAACCCUAACUCUAACCCUAAAUUCGGUAACAACAAGAGGACUCAAUCGCCGUCGGACGAUGCUUCCUCUAUCAACCGGAGAUCCAACGACGCCGUCAACCACCAUUCGCAAUACGUGACCUUCAACGUCGCCUCGUACACCAAGAAGGACCUGAACGAGCUCAAGAACCGUCUCGUUUCUGAACUUGAACAGAUUCGCCAACUCAAGAUUCGAAUUGAGUCCGGUGAUUUUCAACCCAGGCCGAGCACCAACGGCGGUGGUCCCCCCAAGAAACCGUCGAGCAAGAAGGUUUCCGGGAACAAGCGACCCUUGCCGAUGAAAGAAUUGAAGCGGUCCCAAUCGGAAGUUGGGAACAUGAUGAAGGGUUGUGCGCAGGUUUUGCAGAAGCUGAUGAAACACAAAUUCGGUUGGAUCUUCAACGUUCCAGUCGAUGUCGUGGGUAUGGGUCUUCACGAUUACUAUGAUAUAAUUAAGAAACCGAUGGAUCUGGGUACCGUGAAGUCGAAUCUCGCCAAGAAUGUGUAUGCGACUCAGUCAGAAUUUGCGUCCGAUGUGCGGUUGACGUUCAACAACGCAUUGACCUACAAUCCCAAGGGUCACGACGUAUACGCCAUGGCGGAGCAGCUUCUGGCGAGGUUUGAGGAGCUUUAUAGGCCGGUGCAUGAGAGAUUUGAAGAUCGCUCUUUUGAUGAUGAAUUGCAGGCUAGUUCGUGGAACCAUGUAGAGCCAGAGAGGGUCAAGAAGAAGGAGAAUCCGAUCCCUCCGCCCAAAUUGAUAGAGCCACCUCCUGACCCUGCGAGUUCUUCGAACCCGCCGUUGCUGCAGUCUCCUGUGCGCACUCCGUCUCCAAUGCGUGCGCCUCCUGUGAAGCCCUUGAAGCAGCCCAAGCCAAAGGCGAAGGACCCAAAUAAGAGGGAAAUGAGCCUUGAGGAGAAGCACAAGUUGGGAAUUGGGUUGCAGAGUUUGCCGCCAGAGAAAAUGGAACAGGUAGUGCAGAUCAUAAGGAAGAGAAAUGGGCAUUUGAAGCAGGAUGGGGAUGAGAUCGAGCUUGAUAUUGAGGCUGUUGACACAGAGACCCUUUGGGAACUUGAUCGAUUGGUGACAAAUUGGAAAAAGAUGGUGAGCAAGAUUAAGCGACAGGCACUAUUGGUCAAUAAUAAUAUGGCUUCUAACAAAGGCAAUGGGGAAUUAUCUGAUAGGGAGAUAGUUGAUACAGCAGCACCAGCUGAGGUGAAGAAGCCGAAGAAAAUAGAAGCUGGUGAUGAGGAUGUCGACAUUGGGGACGACAUGCCAAUGAGCAAUUUCCCCCCUGUGGAGAUUGAGAAAGACAAAGAUGUGGUUGGAGGAGCCAAUGCAAGUAGUAGUUCUAGUAGCUCGAGCAGUUCUAGCAGUGGUUCCUCAUCAUCUAGUGAUUCUGAUUCAGGGAGUUCGUCAGGGAGUGAUUCUGAAGCGGACAAUGGACACUUGUAGCAGCAGGGCAGGGCUUUCCCUGAGGAACUAAUGGUCAGCAAGAGCAAUGCUGGUUAGCGGAUGAAGAAAUGUUUGCUUCAUUGGCUUUCCCUGAGGGUAGUGCUUGAAUGCAUGGGCGAGGGGUUGUGGAAAUUGAUUGUUGGUUUCAGUGUGGGAGUGCAGCUAAUUGGAUUGUGGACUCCGAGCGCCUGCUCCUGGAUUUGAUUAUAAGAAUGAUUCCUUAAACCGAAGGGUUUGGAAGAUAAUCGAAACAAUUUGUAGGCCAGAAAAUAGUGAGAUUUGGUGAAAAAUCUUUAGUGGAUAGAGAUGGUUCGAGGGUUAGGAAGAGAGAACCGAUAGAAUUAGUGUUUUUUGUGUUUUUACCUUGUACACAUUACCACCACAGUAAAUAGAGGGAUCAUCCUCCUUGGAGUAGGCAUUUUUGUGGAUCUGCAAUUAAUUUGUUGGGAUGAAGACCAACUUUUCCAUUUUGUAUGUAUCAUGGAGAUGCAUGACCGUAUUAAACCAACCAAAGAAUGUGAAUAAAAAUAAAUAAACCUUCAAAAGAAGGAUCAUUUAGAAUAUGAAAGGGAAAUAUUAUUCUUAUGCAACAUAAGAUAACACUCUUUCUUACACAUUCAUUGAUUUUCAUGUAGUUUAAUUUUUAUUUUUUUAUUUUUUAUAAAUGAGUGGACCUCACCCAUGAUUGUCUCUAUGGUAGUCUCUAUGGUAGGAGAGAACUUCUCUCCUACAACAUAAGAUUAAUAAAGCCCAAUAUGAAAUGUGAAUUGGCAUUAUUAAUCUCAAAUUUCUCUAGAGAAUCGUGCUUGUAAAGAUA